GCAGGGGCCACAGUGAGACACUCAGAGGGACUUAGCUCUCCUUUUGACGACAUCUCAUCUCCUGCUCUCCUCUUCUCAGAGAAUUGAUAACCUUUUCCACUGCAAACAUGAUGAUGAGGAAGUCAUACUCAGUCUCAGGCUCGAGUGGCUCCACCAGGAGGUCGCUUGCCCCAGUCAACUACUCCGUACAAAGAGCCACUUACAGUUCUGGUGGUGGUUCUGGCUUUGGUUCUGGCUUUGGUUCUGGUGCUGGCUAUGGAAGUGGUUUCACAUCUGGAAGCAUGAGUGGCUAUGGUUUAUCUUCUAGCCAAGCAGGAGGCGCCUUCAUCCCUCCACCCAUCACAGCUGUCACAGUCAACCAGAGCCUGCUGGCCCCUCUGAGCCUGGAGAUUGACCCAACCAUCCAGCUUGUCCGCAACCAGGAGAAGGAGCAGAUCAAGACCCUCAACAACCGCUUCGCCUCCUUCAUUGACAAGGUUGGUUUCUAUGCACUCUUUCUGAUUGUACAAUUUACUGGAGACCUUAUUAUCUUAGUAGCUACUGACGUGUGAAAUGAAUGGUCUUAU